AUGCUUAUCCAGUCAACUUUCUUGUACCUCGCGUACGCUCUUACCUUCGUGCUCGCUCUUCCUCAGAAUCCGAGUGAUCUCUCGGAGGACUGUCCAGAGAUCAUUCCAGGACCUGGUCUUCCAAGUCUCGCCUCCCUCAACCUCACUUCGGCCGAUCUGUGCAAGUCGCCCGAGGAAUUUCAGAUGGAGCGCUACGGCUAUGUGGAUCCUCAACUUGCGGGCUCGAUAUCCAAGCUCAGCUCCAGGCAAACCACGGGCCCAUGGUGCGGGAGUAGGACCAUCUCCCCUUCAAAAGCAAAGUAUUGCUACAAUUACCUCUAUUCCCUCGGGAACACCGCCUGUGCCGUCGGACCGCUGUACGGUGCUAGAUUCUGCACAGCAGGAGGCGGUAACGACGUCGCCUGGUAUGGAAACUCACUCAAUGCACAACGGUCUGAAUCGCCCUGCCGCGAUGUUGCCCGUGGAGGACAGUGGGUCCUUGAUAAUUGCGUCAUACACAACUCGCCGUUGGGCCGCCUCCAACAAGAAGGCUCAAACUUUGCAGCCGGGAGCACCAAUAUCGUCGUGCGAAUUGAGAAUUUGUAA